CAAGCCCUAAAACCUACUUCAUUUUCUACAGUGCACAGUUUCAUCUCAGUCUAGGGCAUUUUUGCUUCUCCUUUUCCCCUUUAAUCUUAAUCUAUAGGUUAAAGUGACGGCGCCGCCGCUGUCCGCCUUGACGGAGCUUCUAAAGCCACUGUCUUGGCCCUAAAUUUUGCCCCAAUUUCUUAACUUUUUUCCUGUAAAGUCGUAGUUGAAGAGUUAACCUACCUUAGAUCCUUCAAUGGCGGUGAAACAAACCAAGGCUGAGAAGAAGAUUGCGUACGACCAGAAGCUCUGCCAGCUUCUGGACGAGUACACGCAAAUCUUGAUUGCGGUGGCCGACAAUGUAGGAAGCAAUCAGCUUCAGAACAUCAGAAAAGGGUUGAGGGGUGACUCGGUUGUGUUGAUGGGUAAAAACACUAUGAUUAAGAGAAGCAUUCGUGUUCAUGCUGAGAAUUCUGGGAACACUGCCAUUCUCAAUAUCAUCCCUCUCUUGGUGGGCAAUGUUGGAUUGAUAUUCACCAAGGGUGAUUUGAAGGAAGUUAGUGAAGAGGUUGCAAAAUACAAGGUUGGGGCCCCUGCUCGUGUUGGUCUUAUAGCUCCAAUUGAUGUUGUUGUCCCACCUGGAAACACGGGUCUCGACCCAUCUCAGACCUCUUUCUUCCAGGUGCUCAACAUUCCUACAAAGAUUAACAAGGGAACUGUUGAGAUCAUAACCCCGGUUGAGCUUAUCAAGAAGGGGGAUAAGGUGGGUUCUAGUGAAGCUGCUCUCCUAGCAAAGCUGGGCAUUAGGCCGUUUUCCUAUGGUCUUGUGGUCCUAUCGGUUUACGAUAAUGGAACCGUCUUCAGUCCCGAGGUUCUUGAUCUGACCGAAGAUGACCUUAUUGGGAAGUUUGCCAUGGGUGUAUCCAUGGUUACUUCACUGUCGCUUGCUAUAUCAUACCCCACUCUUGCAGCCGCCCCACAUAUGCUCAUAAACGGCUACAAGAAUGCCCUGGCUAUUGCUGUUGAAACCGAGUAUUCGUUUCCGCUGGCUGAUAAAGUGAAAGAGUAUCUCGAGGACCCGAGCAAGUUUGCCGUUGCAGCAGUUCCAGCUGCUGUUGCUGCUGAAGGUGGAAGCGCUGCUCCUGCUGCUGCUGUAGAGGAGAAAAAAGAGGAGCCGGCAGAAGAGUCCGACGACGACUUGGGCUUCAGCUUGUUUGAUUGAUUCCUAUGAUGUUGGCUAUGUUGCUUUCAUGGUUUUUGAAUGUUUUCUAUGUUGAUGUUUUACCAAAGACAGCCAUUGUUUACUCCUUUGACCCGAGUUUUUGAAAUUUUAUGUUCUCAUACUCCAAACUUCAAUUAUAGAGUGAUUUUUCUUGUGUCAA